CGCAGCGGGCAGACACGUACUACGUACCACGCCCGUCCCGCGGCCUCGGCUUUCCCGUUCCCUUUCCAUCCAUCCCUCCGUCCGUGGGCCGCCUCCGCUCCGCCCGGCUCGCCCCCCUCCCGACCCGCACCCGCGGCUCCGGCCGCCCCCCUCUCGCCUCCUCCCAGCUAGGGUUAGGGCUUGCAAUGCGGAGGGGGAUGGCGGCCGCCGCGUCGGCGCCCUCCCGCCGCCGCGCCGUCCAGGGCUUCGCGGCCUUCUUCAUCCUCGCCUACGCGCUCUUCCAGGUGCUCCUCGCCUCGCCGCCCUCCCUGCCCCUGCCCGGCGCCGCGGGGGCGGGGGCGCGCCACCUGCACGUCGACGGCGACGCGGGCGGGCGGGCCGCGCCGGCGCGCCCCUCCGUGCGCGCGCACCGGGAGGCCCUCGAGGCGGCGCCGUCGGGGAUCGUCUCCGGCCUCGACCUCGCCCGCCUCAACUCCUCCCGCGCCGGCGGCUCGCUGCGCAAGGCCGCCGCCGAGGCCGCCGCCGCCGGGGCCCGCGUCUUCGCCGACCUCUACGCCCUCGGGGGCGCCUCCCUGCCGGACCCGCUGGACGACGAGGAUAGGGCCAAGUGCCCGCACUCCAUCGUGCUCGCCGGCGACGACUUCCGCGCCCGGGGGCGGACCGUGGAGCUGCCGUGCGGGCUCACGCUCGGGUCAUACAUCACCGUCGCCGCCACGCCCUACGCCGCGCACCCCGAGCGGGACCCCAAGAUCGCGCAGCUCAGGGAGGGGGAGGAGCCCCUCAUGGUCUCCCAGUUCAUGAUGGAGCUGCAGGGGCUUAAGACGGUGGACGGCGAGGACCCGCCCAGGAUCCUCCACUUCAACCCCCGCCUCCGCGGCGACUGGAGCGGCAAGCCCGUCAUCGAGCAGAACACCUGCUACCGCAUGCAGUGGGGCACCUCGCUCCGAUGCGAGGGAUGGAUGUCCCGUGCCGACGAGGAGACUGUGGAUGGGAUGGUCAAGUGUGAGAAGUGGAUUCAGGACGAAGAUCAGUCCAACGAGUCUAAGACGACAUGGUGGUUGAAUCACCUCAUUGGCCGCACCAAGAAGGUUUCUAGUUCUUGGCCAUACCCAUUUGUGGAGGACCGCCUCUUCGUUCUUACUCUCACCGCUGGAUUGGAGGGAUAUCAUGUGAAUGUUGAUGGCCGGCAUGUGACGUCAUUCCCGUACCGCAUCGGGUUUGGGCUUGAGGAUGCUACUGGCCUAUCAUUGAAUGGGGACCUUGAUGUGCAAUCAGUGUUUGCGGGGACUUUGCCCACUACACAUCCUAGCUUUGCACCGCAGAAACACCUCGAGAUGUUUCCAGCUUGGCAGGCCCCUCCCCUACAAGAAGAACCAGCCGAGAUAUUCAUCGGCAUCCUGUCAGCUGGCAACCAUUUUGCAGAGCGUAUGGCUGCUCGCAAGACAUGGAUGUCUGCUGCCCAGAAGACUUCUAAUGUCGUCGCUCGAUUUUUUGUUGCGCUGCAUGCCAGAAAGGAAGUGAAUCUAGAGUUGAAAAAGGAAGCAGAAUAUUUUGGGGACAUUGUCAUUGUGCCAUUCAUGGACAGCUAUGAUUUGGUUGUUCUGAAGACGGUUGCGAUAUGCGAAUAUGGGGUCCGCGCCGUCUCUGCAAAAUAUAUAAUGAAGUGUGAUGAUGAUACUUUUGUUAGACUUAAUGCAGUAAUGGCUGAAGUUAAGAAAAUACCGACCGGUAGAAGUUUUUAUAUAGGGAACAUGAAUUAUCGCCACAAUCCAUUGCGCAUUGGGAAAUGGGCUGUUACUUACGAGGAGUGGCCAGAAGAGGAUUAUCCAACAUAUGCAAAUGGUCCUGGAUAUGUUAUAUCUGCUGAUAUCGCAGAUUCCAUUGUUUCAGAAUUUACAGAUCAUAAAUUAAGGCUCUUCAAAAUGGAAGACGUGAGCAUGGGAAUGUGGGUGGGCCGUUUCAACAACACCAGACCCGUCGAAUACGUGCACAGCGUCAAGUUCUGUCAAUUUGGAUGCAUAGACGACUACUACACCGCGCAUUACCAAUCACCCAGGCAGAUGCUGUGUUUGUGGGACAAGCUGCAGGCUGGGAGACCACGGUGCUGCAACAUGAGAUAGCGAUGAGGGAACCGGUGGCACCUGACCCCUUUUUGGUGUUGCUAAUCAUCCAUAUCUGCUGCUGAUGGUCCCGAGCCCGAGAUUGAAGGAGUACUUUUUGGUGGCAAAUUUUACAUUUUGUUAGAGAUGACAUGGGCCGAGUUUCAGCUAGAAACGACCGAGGGAAUGAACGAAGAGGCAGCUUGUAGGGACUCUUCUGGAUCGGCUUGUGGUGCUCCUCUUUCUCCCAUAUAUAUAGAAUUUCUGACUGCUCAAGAACUGCGGCUGUAAAUGUUAAUGGAAGAAAAGCUUAGAUGAAAUGAUACUGUUACUUUUUGAGUGGCUGAUUGUGGUUAAUGGUCGUGAACAACCCAUCAGGCACAGAAGAGCAAUCUUGCGAGUUUACAAUCAAUUAGUGAGUUGGUUUCA